CAUGAUUCUCAGCUCAGGUGUCCGUCACAGAAUCCUAUCAUUUGUCGCUUCUCAUACUGCCUGCUCCUAUCGCCGAAGCAGGGGUAAGAAUGGACAACGCGACGCUUCACUGGCAGCUCGGCGCGCUUUUCCUGCUCACGUGCUUGGUUGCUUCUCCUGUUGGCUGUGCGCCGUUCGUCGACUCCCAAGCGAAAGCUCUCCUAGACUGCGAGGUAGCGUGGAAUCGGACGUUCGUCGGUUGGGACGUGGGCGGGGAAUGCAGCACAGCAGAAUGUGUCAGAUGCAAUGACCAAGGCAUGGUAACCAGCUUGAAUCUAUACAGGAAGGGCUUGACUGGAUCCCUUCCUUCCACCAUUGGCAACAUGAGCAGCCUGAAAAAAAUAGAGCUUGGAAGAAACGAUUUAAGUGGUUACAUACCUCCGGAGAUCAGCAAACUUUUGAGUCUGAGCCGCGUGGACUUAAGUGAGAAUGCUUUCAUUGGAUCCAUCCCAUCUGCUAUUGGCGGCCUCACUAACUUGACCAUCCUGAAUCUCAACUUCAACUUCCUGUCUGGGUGCAUCCCAGAAUCAGUUGGAAAUCUUACCCACUUGACAGUAUUAAGUUUGAGCUCGAACAGUUUAAGUGGCGCUGUUCCAGCAGAGAUCGGGAAACUCGAAAAUCUUAGCUUUUUGGAUUUAAGUCAUAAUGCCUUAACCGAUUCAAUUCCGUCUACUAUUGGCAGCCUCAGCGUCCUCGAGAAGCUAAGUCUCAACUUCAACUUCCUGUCAGGGUCCAUCCCAGAAUCCGUUGGGAACAUGACCAAGUUGACAGAGUUACACAUUCACCGGAACAAUCUAAGUGGCAGCAUUCCUGAAUCUAUCAGCAAGCUACAGAAUCUGAUUAGACUUUACAUUUCGGACAACCAUAUAACGGGCUCAAUACCAGCAGCAAUGGGCAACCUUCUGAACCUGAAAGAUUGGAACAUUGGAACGCGCAUUGCAUGCCCGACAGAUUACAGCAGCUGUGUGGUGAAGCAAAAUAAGUCGACUGUUUUUUGUCGGAGGUGCUCCUCCUUCUCUAGCACUUGUGACAAGGCGUCGCCACCCUCUCCAGCACCUCCUCCCACACCCGGAGCGUCUCCCUCUCCGUCUGAAAGCGGUCCAUCAGCGGGUUUUAUCGCUGGCAUUUCCGUUGCUUCUGUAUUUGCCCUCGGGAUGCUUCUGCUCGGCGCAGUGAUGUGUGCGAGGCUCCACAAGAAAGAAGGGAUCACAAACAAGGAGCCCUUCGACGUGGUCACCUCUCGGCAAGGAAAGAAAUAUCUUGCCCUCGUGGUCUAGUGAACUUCAUCCUUUUCCUCAGUUCCCUUCCCCCACCCCCACACCUUGCACCCAACUAUCGUUUCUCUCUCCUGCUCCCUGCAUCUCCCAAGUCCUGCCCUGAAGAUCUCCACCAAUAACAGCCGAGCUCUUGCCAUCCACUUUCGCCAAAUGUGCAGCCAAACAACAUGAUGGAGGACACAACAACAACAAAGGAGCAGCAGCAGCUGCUGCUGCUGCGGCAGCAGCAGUAACAGGGGAUUACAGUGGUGGUGAUUUGGUUGUGGGUUUGGAGGCAGCACGGCCGCACGUGUGCCGUGAGUACUCCCUGGAAGAUGUGGCAAAGGCAACCGCGGAUUGGGUAGAAGGAAAUCGGAUCGGCAGUGGGAGCUUCGGCGAUGUCUACAAAGGCGUGUCGCCCCAAAACUGCAACCAAUUGUGGGCAGUAAAGCGGGCCAAAGUACUUACCAAUGACUUCCAGGUGGAGGUGAAGGAGAUGGCCGGCAAGCACUAUCCCCAUCUUGUGCGGCUGCUGGGCUACUGUAUAGACUUCAACCCAUCCACUCGACACAUGGAGCAGAUAUUGAUCUAUGAGUUUAUGGAAAACGGUGAUUUAGACAGCUGGAUUGGUCCUGGCGUUUCUAAUCCUCUUUCUCUGCAGCAGCGGCUGGAUGUUCUGAUUGGAGUGGCGAAGGGGCUGCAGUACCUUCAUGACUUCGGCAUUGUGCAUCGUGACAUAAAACCAGCAAACAUUCUCCUCGAUGGAAGGAUGCAGGCAAAGAUAGCUGAUUUUGGUCUUUUGAAGCUGAGUGAGGGGACAAGUGUAGCUGCGACUCGAGUUAUGGGAACACCAGGAUAUAUGGAUCCUGCAUAUUACAAGUCACACAAGGCCACUCCAGCAGCAGAUGUGCACAGCUUUGGAAUGGUGAUGCUGGUGGUUGUGACAGCACGCAAGGCCGUUCAUGUGACAGAGGACACGCAGGUCAACCUCAAGCAAUGGGUGGCUCCCUUAGUGGAGUCCAAGGACGUGGCAGUCCUCAAGGACCCUCUCUUGGAUGCGCCAAGUGACAUCGUGUUGCGUAUGGCUCGCCUUUCCCUCUCCUGCACGACCAUGCCACUUGCCUCGCGCCCCACCAUGCGCCAAGUGCUGGGGGAGCUGGUGAAGCUGAGAGCUGAGGUUGUGGGGGCAGAGGCAAGCGGGGCUGCAGCACGGAUUGAUAGGGAACUUGACACAUCACUAGACCUGGAUUUCAACUCCGCCAUUGCUCAUGCAAAGCAGAUGGGCAUGGGCUUAGGAAGUGACCCAUCGGAAACAGGAUGAUGUCUUUGCAGGCCGGAGGUGGAACAGUUGAUGGUAUCAUACACCCUUGGGUGGCUAUACAUUCUCCUAGACUCUGUACGCAAUAGAAGAGACUGCUACCUAUGCAUCGCAUACCAAUUAUUGUAUCAUGCUUCAUGAGUGUCACUUAGUACA